CUAACGUGCGUUAGCAAAUGGCGCAAGGCGUUCUUCCGUUCAUCCGCGGCAUAGAUCUAAGCAGAAACUGCUUUCAGGAUGACGCACAUUUUCCUGAUCGGAUUUCCGAUAUGGCCAGUCUGCGAUGGCUUAGACUGAAUAAGACUAAACUGAAUAAACUUCCUGAUCAAUUGUCAAAACUCCAGAAACUUGAACAUCUCGCUAUUGCCCACAAUGAACUGCAUCACUUACAUGAUGGUGAUCUGCACACCUUACCCAGACUGAGAGUAGUGAAUGCUCGCAACAAUCACAUCAAGGAUCCUGGAAUUCCCCCGGAAUUGUUUGCUUUGGAAGAACUGACCACUGUGGAUUUCAGUCGCAAUCAGCUGGAGAGGAUUCCUGAAGGACUGCAGAAUGCAAAGGGGUUGCUAGUCCUUUCUCUCAAUUGCAACAGACUCAAAGAGAUACCAAAGAUUCUGUUUCAAGAGUGUACAGACUUGCAACACUUUGAUGUGAGCAACAACGAACUGACAUCUAUCCCACCACAGCUAAGACGUUGCCGGGACAUGGACACUCUAGUUCUGUCAAAUAAUCCUCUCAUGAAUUACAAACUGAGAGCUUUGCAAGGCCUCAGUAAUCUCCGAACUCUCAGUUUAAGGAACACAGAGAGAAAUUUGGGUAACAUUCCUGAACAACUGGAUGCAUGGCUUGCCUUCCUAGAAGAUCUGGACAUUUCAUGUAACAAUUUGCCUCAGAUUCCACCAUGUUUUUAUCGUAUGGAGAAGCUAAAGCGAUUGGAUGCUAGUCAGAACUUGUUGUCCGAGUUGUCAUCUGUGAUGGAGAGUUGGACUGACUUGGAAUUACUCAAUGUCUCAUACAACAAAUUACAAGCUUUGCCAUCACAGCUGACGAAGUGCACAAAGCUGAAACGAAUCUUUUUGAGCUUCAAUGAGUUGACAUUUGAUGGAAUCCCAACAGGAAUCAGUCGCCUUGUUCAUUUGGAACAGUUCAUUGCUGCCAGCAAUAAGCUGGAGUGCAUCCCAGAAAGUCUUUGCCGCUGCUCUCGUUUACAGCGUCUUGUGUUGAAUUCAAAUUGUCUUUUGCAACUUCCAGAAGGAAUACAUUUUCUCAAGAGUCUAAAACAACUCGAUGUCAGUUACAAUCCUAACCUUGUGAUGCCUCCUAAGCCAGAGGAGGGACAAAUGGGAAGUGGAGAGCAACUAUACAACAUUGACUUUGACAUUGACAAAUUGAAGCAAGGAGCUGUGGUGUCAGAAACUGAAGCCAAACCAACAUCAUUGUCUAGGAAGGCACGAAUUUUUAAACGACGAGUUGAAAGAAAUGAUGAGAACACACGGAAAGUACUGAAAGGAUUGUCAGGUAUUGCAGAAGAAAAAACUAAGAAAGAAGAACAAGCAAAGUCUGGAGGCAUUCCUGAACCUCCACCACCUCCAGAGCUUCCUCUUGUGGGAAAGAAAUGGCAUGAACAUUUAGAAAGACCGAAUCUGAACUACGGUGAUAUCUUUGAUAGUGGAGUAGGUCAAAAGAGUGGACUAACUGUUUGGCUAAUUGAUAAUUUUCUUCCAGUCGAAGUUGACUCUGCUGUGCAAAAACAUUUAUAUGUCGCAGAUGCAUACAUUGUGUUACAGACAUUCGUUGAUGAGUCUGAUGCUCUCGAUUGGAAAAUAUUUUUUUGGAUUGGUUCUGAAUCAACACUUGACAAGAAAGCGUGUGCUGCUAUCCAUGCAGUUAACUUGAGGAAUAUGUUGGGUGCUGAGUGCAGAAUACUGCGAGAAGAACAAGGAGAAGAGAGCGAAGCAUUCAUAGAAGUAUUUGGUCAUGAUCUUUCUUAUGUUGAUGGUGGAACAGUCAGUGGCUUCUACACUGUUGAAGAUGAAGUGUAUACCACCAGACUGUACCGUGUGACUAUAGGUGAACAUAGUCAACUGCAUCUUGAACCUGUAGACGUGAAUGUCAGUUCUCUUGAUCCUCGUUUUGUCUUUCUUCUUGAUGUGGGACUGCAGCUUUAUGUUUGGACAGGCAACGACAGCUCCCUUGUGGUAAAGACCAAGGCUCGACUAUUUGCUGAAAAGAUGAGCAAGAAUGAGAGAAAAAAUGAGGCUGGAGUGAUUAGUUUAUUCCCAGGUGAUGAACCAGAUGAAUUCUGGAGAUCUUUAGGUGGAAAAUACCUGAAAGAAGAAAUAGAGCCUCAUGUUCACGAUUUGACCAUUCGGCAGCCUCAUUUGUAUCGUGUUGGUUUAGGUCAUGGAUAUUUAGAAUUACCUCAAGUUGAAGUUCAUUAUGGCAAACUGACAAAGUCUCUUCUAGAGACUACAGAUGUCUACAUACUUGACUGCUUUGCUGACGUGUUUGUGUGGAUUGGUCACAAGUCUGCUCGUUUAGUUAGAGUGGCAGCUUUGAAACUUUCACAGGAACUCUGUACUAUGCUGGACAGGCCUAGUUACGUCAUGGUGACAAGAACACUGGAAGGGACUGAAAUUCAGCUUUUCAAGUCAAAGUUUAGUGGUUGGGACGAUGUCUUGGCUGUUGAUUUUACCAAGAUGACGAAAUCUGCAUCAAAGAAGAGCAAACAAGAGAAACGUGCAGCUAUCACAACAUCACAACAACUAUCUACCAAGGUUGAUUUAUCUGCACUAUUUACAGAACGUCAAGCAGUGAUGACUGAAGAAAAAGCCAAACAAUACAUGAGAGUGUGUAAUGACAACCUUUGUGAAAUGACGUGUUUUGUCUUGGAUCGCCAAAAGCUGUCAAAACUGCCUGAUAAUGAAAUUGGUGUCUUCUUCAGUGGGAACUGCUAUGUUUGUGUUUGUAACUACAAAGUGCCAAAGGAUGAUGACAGUGAUGGUGAACAUGAAGAUGAUGAUCAGACUGACACAGUUGUUUACUUCUGGGAGGGGAGGGAAGCAGCAAAGACAGGAUGGGUUACGUUCAAGUUUAGCUUUCAAAAGAAAAUGGAAGAAAGGAAACCAGAUUUGCAAGUCAUAAAGAUGUGCCAGCAACAGGAGACUUUACAAUUUCUUGCUCACUUUGGUGGCUGCAUUGCUAUACAGCGAGGCAAGCGUCAUCCUCCAGUUGUUGAUAGUGACACGAAGCCGCGACCACAACUGUUUCAGUUUAGGACGAAUAGUGGUCCAUUGUGCAUGCGAAUGGUUGAAGUAGAUGUAGAAGCUACAUCUCUCAAUUCACAGUUUUGUCAUAUUUUGAAAGUACCAUUUGACAAUCGCUCUAUGGGAAAUGGAGUUGUGUAUGUGUGGAGUGGAAGCUACUGCAAAAAGAACCAUGUGAUGUUAGCUGAAGAGAUGGCAAAACGGCUAUUUGAAGAGUAUUAUUCAAUACAGAGUGUGAAGGAAGGCAGAGAACCAACCAAUUUCUUCUGGGUUGGUCUUGGGGGACAGCAAGAAUAUUCAGGGUCUGCAGACUAUCUCACGUAUACUAGACUCUUCAGAUGUUCAAAUGAACGUGGAUAUUUCACCGUUUCUGAGAAAUGUUCAGAUUUUUGUCAGGAUGACUUAGCUAAUGAUGAUGUUAUGAUAUUGGACAAUGGUAGAGAGGUGUUUCUUUGGGUUGGUCCUGGAAGCAGUGAAGUUGAGAGAAAACUGGCCGCUAAAUCUGCUCAGGUGUAUGCCAAGUACUGGACAGACAAGCACAGUGACCGCCCACGUAGACUCUCUGUUGUUCACAAGGGAAGAGAGCCAUCAGAGUUCAAGAAAUGUUUUCAUGGGUGGGGACACUUUACGAAAGUCCUCUAAAUUUAUAUUUAUGUAUGGAUUAACUUUGAAAGACUUAGCAACGUUUUGGUUUGUAGAAGAACGUUAUACACUACAAUUACUUACUAAUAGUGUAGAUUGUGUAUGUACAGUUGUGUUUUAGUGCUACACACUAAAUUGUCUGUACACUCUGACUGAUAAUAUAGUGACACCUCGAU